AAAAAAAAAAAAAAAAAAAAUCUGUAAUCUCGACUUUAGAUCAGGAAGACAGACAACAACAAAGAACUUUAUAAGUUAAUGGGACAGGACUUGCAGGGAGCCGCCACUUGUUCCGAACCGACGACGAUGGUUCAUGUGGUCGGUUUAUCAGCGCAGAUUUAAACCGAGAUGAGAUAGGCGACGGCUCGCAGCCUGUCGCCCUGCCAGGACGCAGCUGCCAGCUCCCCUUUAUCCCUCACUUCCUCCGCGUUGCUUCUCUCUCGGCGUUAAACGCGUAAGCAGUUUUAACGUUAUUUUUUGGAGCAAAGAGGGCAAGGCUGCGGACGACGUCGUCGCAGAAAACGGCGGGUCGGUCGCCCCCCCGAAGCAGAAAAGGAUGUGAGCUCUCUCUGGAUCAAACAUCUGCAGCCGAGCCGUUUUGACGAAAAGUAAAAGUAUAUACCGCUGUACUGAAAUGGAGCCGGCUGUCUUUUGAACUUCUCCUCUGACAGCUUUUAUUUGAAAUACGUUGGCCACGGAGGGACACUGCAAGCUAUCUUUGAUAUGGGAGACGCGCGGCGCUUGCAUCUGUUAAGUUAAAAGGCGAGCAGGAAACAGAGAUGGGAAGCUCUGCUCUGCUCACAGUGGUGCUAGUUGGAGCAUUUCUGUGGAUCUCUACCACCCAUGCAGGUACCGAAGAUGAUGGGAAGCUGCUGUGUACAUGUGAAAAUGAGAAAGGCACAUGCAUGAAUGGAACUUGCAGAGGAGACAUCUGUUUCUACUCCUGGGUGCGCGGCGAUGAGGAGAGAGGCUGUUUCCCUGCGGCUCUCUACAAGGAGCAGUGCCUCUCCUCUUUUGAGCGCUUCUUUAUGUACUGCUGCAAAGAGAAAGAGUGCAACGCCCUCGCCACACCACCUCCAAACAUUAAUGGAGAACCGACAACAACGCCCUCAGCAUUACCUCGUCCGGAGCUGUGGAUCAGCGUGUCUUUGCUGCUGUUAAUCAUUACUGGCGGUGUGUGUGGCCUGGUGCUAUACCUGCGCUUCCAACGUGCACGCUGCAGACUGAGAAAUGCUGAAGACCAUGAUGUCUCCAUGCCCAAGGUCCCUAAUGGAGAUGAUCCCACAUAUGGUGAUAUCUUUGAUGAGUUUUGUACAUCAGGGAGUGGGACAGGGCUGCCCUAUCUGGUCCAAAGGACCAUGGCCAGACAAAUCUCACUUGUCGAGUGUGUCGGUAAAGGCAGGUAUGGGGAGGUGUGGAGGGGAACUUGGAUGGGGGAAAGUGUGGCUGUCAAGAUCUUCUCCUCUAGGGAUGAGCAGUCCUGGUUCAGAGAGACAGAGAUUUACAAUACCGUACAACUGCGACACGACAACAUACUGGGUUUCAUAGCCUCUGACAUGACAUCCAAGAAUUCCAGCACCCAGCUGUGGCUCGUCACUCACUUUCAUGAGCUGGGCUCACUCUACGACUUCCUGCAGUACAGCAGCUUGGAGCCAGAAAGCUGCCUGAGGAUGUGCCUGUCUGUGGCCUGUGGCCUGGUCCACCUCCACACUGAGAUUGUCAGCUCCCAGGAAAAGCCAGCUAUCGCCCACCGAGACCUGAAAAGCCGGAACAUCCUGGUAAAGCGGAAUGGACAGUGCUGCAUUGCUGAUCUAGGUUUGGCUGUGAUACAUUCUCAGUCCCAUGACUACCUCGAUGUGGGCAAUAACCCCCGCGUGGGGACCAAGCGCUACAUGGCCCCUGAGGUUCUGGAUGAGACUAUUCGUAUGGACGUCUUUGAGUCUUACAAGCAAACUGACAUCUGGGCUCUGGGCCUGGUCUUCUGGGAAAUUACCCGCAGGACCAUUGUCAAUGGGAUCGUGGAAGAGUAUCGUCUUCCCUUCUUUGACCUGGUGCCCUCAGACCCCAGCUUUGAGGAGAUGAAGAAGGUGGUGUGUGUGGACCAGCAGAGGCCCAGUCUGCACAACCGGCUCCAUUCCCACCCAAUCCUCUCGGCCAUUGUGAAGAUCAUGAAGGAGUGUUGGUACCAGAGCCCAACAGCCCGCCUCACAGCCCUGCGGGUGAGGAAGACACUCUCCAAACUGGACCAUGAUAGUGACUUCAGCAUCGAAAAACUCAAGCAGGACGUCUAGACCACAGCACAAGGAUGAAACAGGGACACAAGAUUGAAAACGCUAGAAGGGGUUUUGCACCACACUCUGAGCAGCACGAGGUGCAUAUCAUUAGCAUAUUUUGAACUAAUGACUCACACAGUCACUGCCUUACAUUAUGACUUUGAAGAGUAGUGUCUAGACUGCCACACACCCAAGGCUAUGUUUUUUUGUCUAGCCUAAAUUUCAACUGCCAGAUUUCUGGUGCCUCAAACCAGGAGGCCCCAAAAAGAAAACUCUCAAGAUUUUUUUUCCUUUUGUUAUGUUCAGCUAAUGAAAUUUUGGAUCAUACAAUUCCACAGCAGAGUAAUUAUCACCAAGCAAUUCAUAGGCUAUUUUUCACACUCAAAGGGUUUUCUUUACCAUUGUCCAAAUGACCCAUCGUCAUGACAGACUGGAAAAUCUUGCCUAGCACAAUUACUCAUCCUCUUAUCAAGGGGAGGAGCUUUGGUAUAGAGUAAAAUUACACAUAUGGGUUUUUCCAGAAUGACAAAAGCCAUGAACUCCUCAGCUGCCUUUACUAUAAAAUACAGGAAAUAUGUAAGUAAAAUCAUGCUCAUACCAAAGCACAUUACCUGUUCUGUCAGCAUAUUUAACUUAUAUAAAAUGAGCAUUUAUUAUCUGCACAUAGACACGUCGAGCUAUUUAGUUGUACAUAUUCUAACAGCAUUGAAGCUGUGUCACUGUUGGGUUUAUUGUAAAUAUAUUUCGAAAGGGGUAUUAUUUUCUAUUAUUCAACAGUGAGACACAUUUUAUAUCCUUUUGUACGACACAACUUUUCAGAUUUUUUUUUUUUUACAUUUCUGUAGGCCUACAUGUACCAUCACCAUCACUAUGGUCAGUAAAGGAAUUCACAAACAGACAUGUAAUAGUGAAUAUGUUGAAUAAAAGAUUGUAUUUUUCAAAUGUUUCUGCUGUAGAUACUAUUUUGUACCACUGAUGUUUGCAAUUCUCUCAUUGGCCAGUAGAAGUCAUCAGAUAG